CGCACGACUCCAGUGACACUGUGGAGGAGAGCAGAGUGCCAUGAAGACCGUCGAUGUGUGAGCGUUUUGCUGCCACCGCUAGAAGAUGAUCCUGCUGCCUGGUCUGUUGUUCAUUCUCUGGGGAGAACCGGCUCGGUGCCUGGAAGAGGGCGGAGGCUUUGAAUUUAACGGAGACAUCCGCCAAUUCGCUGUGUCCAACAACACGGUUUACAUCGCUACAGAGGAGAAGCUGUACCAGCUGAACCACGACCUGACCCUGGUCCGGAGUCUGACCCAGAGAGGAAUCUUUGUGAUUGCGGAACAGGUGGAGUACUCGAAGUUUGACCGGGUUUCUGAGACGGAGAAGUGGAACGCAACUUUCAGUGUCAACAUAUUAUUACCGUUUGUUGAGGAUGACAGUCUGAUCAGCUGCGGUAUGACCGAAGAGUGCGGUUACUGCGAGCUGCUGGACCUGAAGGACAUUUCUAAUGUGCGGUACAAGGAGCACGUCCAGGUGGGGCCCCCAUGGCACAGCAGCGCGUCCGUCAGCUUUCUGGUGAAUGUGGAGACCCGGACCAAGACCGACACUUACAUUCUGGCUGCCAUACAGCAAUACGAAGGCAAAUCCACAAAGACCAAAUGCUCCAUUGAAUCAGACACGGUGAACGUUUAUAAUACCAAUAACGGUCAGAAUGGAGGGAUAUUUUCCUCUCUUGGAGAGUUAGACAAUGCUGCGAUCAAACAUGAAGGCAGUGUGGAGUUUGUGGAUGGAUUUCAGAUCAGUUCAACAAUCUAUCUUUUCUCUAACGUGCCCUCGAAGGACAAACGCAACAAAGUCCGUCUCAUUUGGCUCGAGGGCAAAACCGACAAAACCCAGACUGUAAAGUCUCUGCGGGGCGCGACUCUCAGUAUCUCUGGUGGUGCUGAGUCAGACAGCAGACUCCUGGCCUCCUCGGUGAUCCCGGGUGGGCCGCCGGUGCUCUGGAGCGGCGUGUUCAGUGCGGACGGAGGACAAACCAACACCGAGCUGGUAGUGUUUGACAUCAGCCCUGAUCUCACCGGAGACCCCGAUGUAGAUCCGGACUUCUGCAGUUCCUGUAAAUCUGAUAAGUCAAAACAGACGCCAAAGACACUGAAACCGAAGAAGGUGCUCUUCAGGCAGAACUACAUGACCUCUGUGCUGGCAGUGAGACAGAAGGCCUGGGUGGUUUUCUUCAUCGGGACGGGAGACGGGCAGCUCAUUAAGCUUGCUGUGGAUAAGAACUAUCACACCACCUGUCCCAGAGUGCUCUACAGGGCCAAUGACGAUCGCCAAGUGUUUCCCAAAAUGCAGCUGGACCAGGUGGAUCAUAAACAUGUGUACGUGCCAUUUAAAAACCAGAUGAAGCGUGUACCUGUGUCAAAGUGCAGCACAUACAGAAAUGUGCAGGACUGUUGGUCUGCACAGGAUCCAUACUGUGUCUGGUGCGGCUCUAAAAGAAGUUGCACAUUUGAAGACGAAUGCCAAGAUUCAGACUGGUUAUCCAUUCCUGAUGAUUCUCAACAGACAAUGGUUUCAUAUAAAGUUGUAAAGGACAGCACUGGGCAGAUCACUGUUAUCAUCCAGACACACGCCACUGUGGGCCUGAAUGCUCUGUCUAACUUUGCCUGUCAGUUCUCUGCAAAUUCCGGUGAGCUUUGUGACACGGAAAACCGUCGUCCACAGUUCCCUCGAUGCACCUGCAUCCUUAAAAAUAGCACACUUCCUGCUGAAGGCCUGCCAGUCACAGUUAAGAUUAGACUUGGGACAACACAUUUGUCGAAACCGCUGAAGAUAUCCAACUGCACCGACAUCAGGGGACAGCAGACUCCUGCCCUGUGUCGGCGAUGUAUCGAGGCUGGAUGUGGCUGGAGCAAAAACGGCUGUUCCUGGGGGAAUAGUACUUUUACAGUGGAUGUAAUGUCAACCUGCUUAAUGUCUUCACCUCACUUCCUCCUGCAGGACAGUGUUUGUCAAACGGAGGAGUCGGGGAUGAACUUCUCUAGACCAGAGAUCUCCUCAAUCUCUCCCAGUGUCGUGUCUUUCUACGGCAGAAACUCUGCAAUGUUGUCUGGUCAUAACCUCGCUGGCGUGACCAGAGUGAGGAUCCAGGCGGACAUGGACUGCACGCCACAAGAAUCUCCUGUGUGGAGCAACACUGGUGUGGAUCUGACGUUCCACAUUCCCAGGACGGAUAAUAAAGGCGUGGUCAAAGUAUGUGUUGUCCUCCCAGGUGGUAGUUGCCAUGGCAAUGCUAAUAUCACCUACCGGUCCUUACCUUCCUGCAAAAACAUCACACCCAGCAGCACCUGGACCAGUGGGAAGAGGAAGAUUACACUCACUGGAUCCCACCUGGAGUUUGUGGAAGGGGUCUUACACAGCCACGCCCUGCAUGAUGUCAGACUUCCCAGAAACAACAUCUCUCAGAAUCUGAUCUAUGACACACCGGCAGCUGGAAAUUAUCGAGAGAGUUUUACAAGCAGUGUGUUUCUGAAAGUAGCCAAUGAAACAUUGAACUGCUCCACAACAAUAACCUACUACCCAGACCCUGAGUUCACCAGCUUCACAUCUACAAGGACAGGAGACGAUGUGCGCAUCACCAUAGAGAAAAAGGCAGACAAACUGGAGAUGACAUUGGGAGAGUUGUCAGUGUGGGGCGUUCAGGAAGGGGAACAAUUCCCCUGCAUCAUGGAAGCCAAAGAAACCAGUAACGAGACUGACUUCUUUAUCUGUGAGAUUCAAGGGACACCUGACGUUGAGUUUCAGCAGUUAAUGAUAAAGUAUGGAGACAAGACUGUAACCCUGAACCCUAGGUCUUCAGUGUAUAUGUUCUUUCUGAUGCUACUUGCCCUUCUGCUGAUACCCUGCAUUAUUGUUGUGGUUGUGAUUGUCUAUCGAAGCAAACAGAAGAAGCUCACCCAUAAGAUGAACAGGCUUAUAGAAGACCUGGAGCUCGACAUCAGGAAUGACAUAAGACAAGGUUUUGUGGAUCUGCAGACUGAGAAAGCUGACCUGAUGGAAAAUGUUGGAGCGAUUCCUUUCCUGGACUACAAGCACUUUGCCUCCAGAAUCUUUUUUCCUGAGAGCGAAUCUCUGAUGACAUCGUGUAUCAAAGACAUUGGUCAGGAUGUGGUGAAGGUUCAACUUGACGAGUGCUGCCAGGGCUUGUCCAGGCUGAUCCAGGACCAGGUCUUCCUCACAUCUAUGGUGCACGCUCUGGAGGAGCAGAAGAGCUUCACCAUCAAAGACAAGUGUGCGUUGGCAUCAUUACUGACCGUAGCGCUCCACAACAACUUGUCGUACCUGACGGAGGUAAUGGAGGCUCUGCUGAGGGAUUUGAUGCAGCAGAACAGCAACGCUCAGCCCAAACUGUUACUACGACGCACUGAGUCCAUUGUGGAGAAGCUGCUGACCAACUGGAUGUCCAUCUGCCUUUAUGGCUUCCUCCGGGAAAGUGUUGGCCAACACCUGUUCCUGAUGGUGAGUGCUCUCACGCAGCAGACAGCAAAAGGACCUGUGGACUGUGUGACAGAGAAAGCUCUAUACACACUGAGCGAGGACUGGCUGCUGUGGCAGGCUCAAGACUUCAGCUCCCUGAAGCUGAAGGUGCUGUUUGCAGUGGGAAGUGACGGAGAGGUCAGUGAGCCUCUGGAGGUCAACGCCUUGAGCUGUGACACAGUAGAGCAAGUCAAAGAGAAAAUCCUUUCCACCUUCAAGGCCAAGUUUGGAUUCCCCUACAACACCCUGCUCAGGGACAUUUGUAUCGAGUAUGAGAAGAAUGGAUCAUUUGUUCCUCUCCAGGAAGUGGAUGCGAGCUCGGAGGUCAUUGGGGAGGUGACAAUGCUCAACACACUCAAGCACUACACGGUUCCCGAUGGAGCGACAAUCAAAGUGCUUUCUAAGAAAACCCAUCCUCCUCUGAGCCCACAGGGGAGUCUGAAGGAUGAUGAAAACUUCUCUGGAAAAUAUUUCCACUUGAUUGAUCCUGAUGUAGACGAGGACCAAAGAAAGAACCCAGAGAGGAAGAAGUUAAAACUGAAGGAAGUGUACCUCACCAAGCUGCUCUCCACCAAGGUGGCAGUGCAUUCAUACGUGGAGAACCUGUUCAGAUCUAUCUGGGGGAUGCCGCACUGCAGAGCCCCGCACGCUGUCAAAUACUUCUUCGACUUCCUGGACACUCAGGCAGACAACAUGAAGAUCACCGACCCAGACGUGCUGCACAUCUGGAAGACCAACAGUUUGCCCUUGCGCUUCUGGAUCAACAUCCUGAAAAAUCCCCAGUUUGUGUUCGACAUGGAGAAGACUCCAAAUUUGGAUGGCUGCCUUUCUGUCAUCGCCCAGGCCUUCAUGGACUCCUUUUCUCUUAGUGAGACCCAACUGGGGAAGCAUGCACCAACCAACAAGCUCCUCUAUGCCAAAGACAUUCCCAAGUUCAAACAGGAAGUGAAGAUUUACUACAAGCAGAUCAGAGACCAGUCACCCAUCACAACCUCAGAGUUCAAUGACUUCCUGCAAGAGGAGUCGAAGAAACAUGAAAAUGAGUUCAACGAAGCCGGAGCCCUCAGAGAGCUCUACAGAUUCAUCCAGCGAUACUUCACAGAGAUCCAAGAGAAGCUGGACCAAAAUGGAGCCCCUAUUGAGCUGACGGAGCAACUACAUCAUGUUAAAAACUUGUUUGAUGGACUAAAGAGCUGCUCCUGGAACUGAGCCGCCAUCCUUUCACUCAUAUUUAUGAAUGACAUUGUGAGAGAAAAACCCUUCCGAUCCUGUCAGGAGAGGACCGAGGGGACUUUUGUCCUGCAUGCAUCAUCCCGUUACUGAAGAAACAGUCUCAGAGGAGCUGAAGGAGGUGCCAACCAUGGCAGUAAUUCAUGAGUCAAUGGGAAUUUUGUGUCUUCUGUUGAAAACUGAAUCCAGGCAACUUUUUGGCAUUAAACUGGUGAACUCCCAGAGACACUGAGGCACAUAUCACCUGUCAGUUGCUUUCAUAAAAAAGGACACUUUUACCGUUUGUCUCUAUCUGCUGAUCUGUCUUUUGUCUGAUGGACUUUCUUACUGCAGUUUCACAGUGAAAAGCAACUACUUCAUUAACUUACACUAUUUGUUGUCACACAAAAUACACAGACACACAAAUUCAAAACCACAGAUAGAAAAAGACUCAUUUUUAAAUCAUUGUUUAAAUACAGUUCAGGUAAAACUUGUUCAAGUCUGUAUAAACAUUGUGCAAUUAACAGCCUGCCGUGUCUCAAACCUUUGUAUCAUCUCAUCUGUAUAAAAACCUUUUUUUCCCCCAGAGUUUAAGAGCAAAUGUGUGUAAACAAACCUCUCAAUACAGUAUCAAACCCUGAGGAUGUCACGGUCAAUUUAAAAAAAAAGGUGCUGCUGCAUUUCAAAUUACCCGGUGUAACAACAUUAGAGAGACACUGAUCAAAUCCAAUCUCAUCUCUCUUUCAGGAAAAACACCAAUAAAUAAUGCUAAAAAACA